CAAUCUGUGGCUCAAAAACUUGAAAAAUCGCCACCUUUUAAGCGAGAGCCCUGAAGCCACAAGAAGUACUCUCUCAGUGAAUUUAACCAAGAAAAGGGUGGUAUCAGCGAAUCUAGCAGCAGAAAUGGCGACUGCAAGAAUGAUGUCAGCUGCAAGCAACACAUCAGCAUCCUGUUUGCCCCAUAAAAGACCAUUCUUCAGUUUAAGUCAAAAAGUUCCCAACUUUAACAGCCUCUGCUUCAACAACACCACCAAAAGAGUUUCAAAGAGGUUGUUUUCUUGCAAGUCUAUUUACAACCCUGAUGUUCGAAUCAAGGAAGAAGGCCAGCCUGAGACCCUUGAUUACCGAGUCUACUUCCUUGACAGUUCUGACAAAAAGGUUUCGCCCUGGCAUGGCAUACCACUGCACUUGGGAGACGGGGCUUUCAACUAUGUUGUUGAAAUUCCAAAAGAAUCAAGUGCAAAGAUGGAGGUUGCUACCGAUGAGCAAUUCACUCCCAUUAAGCAAGAUACUAAAAAGGGGAAACUAAGAUACUAUCCCUACAAUAUAAACUGGAACUAUGGAUUGCUUCCACAAACAUGGGAAGACCCAUCUCUUGCAAACGCUGAAGUUGAAGGAGCAUUCGGAGAUAAUGAUCCUGUUGAUGUCGUUGAGAUUGGUGAAAGACGGGGAAAAAUUGGUGAAAUUCUUAAGAUCAAGCCCUUGGCUGCCUUGGCCAUGAUUGAUGAAGGGGAACUUGACUGGAAAAUUGUUGCAAUCUCUUUGGAUGAUCCACGAGCAUCUCUUGUAAAUGAUAUUGAUGAUGUAGAGAAACAUUUCCCUGGCACUCUCACUGCAAUCAGGGAUUGGUUCAGAGACUAUAAGAUCCCUGAUGGGAAACCUGCCAACAAGUUUGGUCUUGGCAACAAGGCAGCAAACAAGGACUAUGCUCUCAAGGUCAUCAUGGAGACCAAUGAAUCUUGGGCUAAACUCGUCAAGAGAUCUGUCCCUGCUGGAGAGCUCUCUCUUGUAUAAAAGCCACUGGUAGACUAGAGUCGGAGCUGAAAGUAUUGUUAUUGAGAUGGAGCUGAAAGUCGUAUUGUUUUUGGCUUUACUUGCCAGGAUUUUACCUUCUGGCAAGCAAGCCCCGCGUUGUCUUGCACAUUGACGAUAUCAAUGACAUUUUUUCCUCGGUAAUGAGUUUGAAUAAGCCGUUGUUCCUGUGUUUCUUUGUGAGAUUCAGAAUACAUUUCUGCUACUUGUGAAUGGGUGGUGUAAGCCAAGGCUUUAUAAUGAAGUAAGAACUUCACAUUCCUGUUA